AUGAGGUUUGGUGUGACUGGGGGCCUGCUUUUGCAGGUCCCUGGAAAAGACACGGCUGCGAAGGCGGACCUGUUUGCAGGUAGAUUGCGGGAGGUCUUCUCGGGAGGAGACGUGGUGGUCUCCCGCCCCCAGAAAACCAUGGAGCUCAGGCUUCGUGGUACUAUGGGGAAGGAGACUGCCUCGCGCGAGGAGAUUUUGGAGGCGCUGGGGUCUCUGGGGGGAUGCAGCGCGGGGGAUAUCCGGAUCGGGUCGAUUCGGUCCCUGCCGCGGUCCCCCUUGAGCACCCUUUGGGUGCGUUGCCCGCUGGCUGUUGGCCGAAAGGCCUUGUCGACGGGUAAACUCCGUGUAGGCUGGAACACCCUGGAGGUCGAG